AAAUAACUACAGCAUCAUAGAGCUCCUUUCUUCAUUUUAUUUAGCUGUUCUUGCAUGUAGCUCCCAAUCUUUGCACUGCUUCAGUUAGUGGAGCAUUUAUUUUUGAGUCAGCUACAUUUGUUAAGACUGUAACAACGAAAGGCAUUUCCUGAGAAGCUGCAAGGAUGAGCAGCAAGAAAGAACAACAGCUAAGGAAAUACGGAACCCUAGUAGUGCUUUUUAUCUUCCAAGUUCAGAUUUUUGGUUUUGAUGUUGACAAUCGACCUACAACAGAUGUCUGCUCGACACACACAAUUUUACCUGGACCAAAAGGGGAUGGAGGUGAAAAAGGAGAUAGAGGAGAAGUGGGCAAACAAGGAAAGGUCGGACCAAAAGGACCAAAAGGAAACAAGGGACAUGUGGGGGAUGUUGGUGACCAGGGAAUGCUUGGGAAAAUUGGUCCAAUUGGUGGAAAGGGUGACAAAGGAGCCAAAGGCUUAUCGGGGGUUUCUGGAAAAAAGGGAAAAGCAGGCACGGUCUGUGACUGUGGAAGAUACCGCAGAGUUGUUGGGCAACUGAAUAUCAAUGUUGCUCGUCUUAACACGUCCAUCAAGUUUGUAAAGAACGUUAUAGCAGGUAUCAGGGAGACAGAUGAGAAAUUCUAUUACAUCGUGAAAGAAGAGAAGAAUUACAGAGAAGCUUUCAACCACUGCAGGGACAGAGGAGGAACACUGGCUAUGCCAAAAGAUGAGGCAACCAAUGCCCUGAUUGCUGACUACAUCUCCAGCAGCGGCCUUUUCCGAGCCUUCAUUGGUCUGAAUGACAUGGAAAAAGAAGGACAGUUUGUGUACGCAGACAACAGCCCACUGCAGAACUACAGUAACUGGAAGGAAGGGGAGCCCCAUGACCCAGCUGGCCAUGAGGACUGUGUGGAAAUGCUCAGCACAGGGGAGUGGAAUGACUCUGAGUGCCAAGUCACCAUCUACUUCGUCUGUGAAUUCCUCAAGAAGAGGAAAUAAAAGGGCUGCAGAAUGUGCCUGGCACCUGCUGUACAUAUAAUAACUCUUCCUCAUUCAUCCACUGUAGGGAGAGCAGACAACCAGGGACAGGGCUCAAUCCAGCCUUCACCUCACUGGGCUAAGCAAGAGUAACUACUGUUACGAUGGCAGUGACCACAAAGUCAGCACAGGUCUGCAGGAGGCAUCCAGCCAGUUGUGAAUUUUUAUUUCAUUUCUAUGUGCAAUUUAGGGUGGGCAUUUCAAAGUGUAAUUUAGAGGCAAAUUUAGAGCAAUGCAGGGAUGAGUAUGAUUUCACUAACACCAGAAAAAGUAAACUCACUGGUAUAUUAAUUACUGAUGUACUUCACAAAGUCCACUAAUGAAAAGAUUGUGAUCUUUACUCAUUGAUCUGCACUGAAGUCCCAGUAAUUUCCCUGGUGACUUCGGAGCUGGGAGAACAGACCUGCAGUUUCUCUUGAAAAAAUCCUUCUUUUGUAAGAAUCAUAAAGUAAUUUAAGUUGAAAGGGAUUUCUGGAGGUCAUCUGGUUGAAUCUUCUAUGGAAAGCAGGGCCAACUGCAAACUUACAUCAGAAGUUUUUACAUUGUCCUUUAUUUGGCUGCGCAAUUACAUUGCCUGAUAUGCAGAGGAGGACUUGCUUACCUCUGCUUCCAACUCUAUUAUCCAUCAUGCUGGUCUGAGGUGUGAAGAAUCAGCUUAGUAAUGACAACUGCAUGCAACCCUGCGCAGCUUGUAGGCAACCUGAGAAUAGUUGGAGCAGCUCUGGCCUCUGAUGUCCCCCAAAAUCUGUGAAAAACAGAGAAGUCUACACAAAGAGAACAGAGCAAAGGAAGGAACACCAUUGCUGUAGGCUGUAAACAGGCACAUGUAGUAACAGCCAUACCAGUGUGCCUUGCUGGUUUAACAAGUCAUUCUAGGAACAUAACAACUCCCUAAUUCAGUAGUCAGUGACGUUUGAUGUCUAAUGCUAAAAUCACCUGUGCCUUUGCCACACAGGAAGCAGCUACAGAACAGGCUUUAUCCCCCAAGAACCCAGAUACAGGUGUGGUUGAGUGCACUUCAUGCACUUCAAGCACCUCAUGCACUCAUGCACUUCAGCAGGCCUCUCCACAAAUGAUGAGCAGCAAGUAUGAAGGCUUUGCUGUCAGUGCUCAGCUACUCAGAUCUCCAUGUCAGUAUGUCCACAAUGGAUCACAUUUUCAUAUCUUUGAUAAUACUGAAGGAGCUCUUUCCUUCAGACACAGCAACACUUUUGGCUUCAGAAGUGAGCCUGCCCUUAGUCAUGGUUCAUCUUAGAGCAGGAGAUGUCAAGAGAAACCCCAGGGCCCCUGCAAUGAAGGUCUAUAGAUUUUCUUUGACACUUGACACUAAAAAUGAAGGAAUGCUAUCUGGGGGCUAAGAAGAAUGCUAGACACUAGACACAGCGCAGCAAUGUAUCCUGCAGGUCACUGAGCACUGGUUGCAUGUAGUCUUCCUCUAAGUAUACGAAUAACUAGACAUGCCAUCAGCCAGUAAUGCAGAGGGUCGGCUCCCAGUCUCCAUUCUACUGCUGUGUACAGCACUGCAAAGGCAACUAGACAACAGUCAUACUUCCUCAACCUCACCCUCAACAGAAAAAUCCUCCAAAUCAUUUAGCUGGUUGUUUAGCUUGACUCCAGGCUCAUCUCUGAGCAAUGACCAACACAGGAGCAUCUCAGGAGACUCUGUGACUCAGGCCACUCUUGUAAUCCAGUUUCUCUGCUACUUGUUCCUCCAGAAAACCACCUGUUAUUACCAGCAGUAAAUUAUCCGUGUGCUACACACCCUCCAGGGAACAAUUCGGACCCAUGAAUGAAGGGGUGGGACCACAUUUCUUUUAAUUGCUCCACUACUAUGCUAUGAGAGUAUUUGGUCAAACAAGUUCACUUAGCACAACAUAUCUCAUCCUGAAUUGUUCCCUUCCUGGGAAUUGAUAUUCCUCAAAAUUAAGCAGAAUUACACUUUUUAGGAUCAUUAGUAAUAAAUUCAUUAAGCUAAACACUUUGGUUUUAGAAUCAUUAAUGGGUAAUGAUAAAGAAUUAAUGACUAAUUCAAGGCAAAGGUUCUUGAGGAAAAGUAAUUUUAGAAGUUCAAGCCCAGGUCUGCUAGCCUCACUCACAGCAGGUCAGUGCAGAAGAGGCACAGUAACAUCCCUGUGGGUAAUCAUAGUCACACCUCUCCACACCUCAUCUUAACUUCUGAACUAAAAAGUCACCAAAACAUGCUUGCCAGACCAAGAGUUCAAAUUCUGAGACCCCUGGCUGACAAAAUCCAGAGGUGUCCUUAACACUACAAACAUCAUGGACAGGUCAUUUGCCUGUUCUUUAGGAGGAAACUCAGAGCUGGGAAAAGGUGAAAGAGGAGCAAUACUUUGCUGCAGGAUCAAGCUCUGCCUGAGAUUCAACCAAGCACUCUCCUUCAUGUACAAAAUCAGGGAAUACAUGUCUAGAUUGAAACUCUGGUCUUUUUGAGAAGACUGAGUUAUGAGUAAUCCUGAAGCAUGCUCCAUGUACAGGCAGGAAUGAUUGUUGCAGUCCCUGGCUGCAUGGAUGAGGGAAGCGAGUGAGGAACUUGUGCUGGUUUCUGCAGUGGAAAGGCUGGAACAGCCCAAUUCCUCCAUCCUCCUCCUCUCCUAACACACCAGCUUCAUCCUUUCUUAAAUAGAAAAAAAGAAAUAAAACCAAUCCUUCUACCCACUAUAUACUCAUGUGACACUGGGCAAAGCUAUGCUAGUUGAAACAAGUAGACUUGGGGUGGCUGUUCCUUUGACAGAAGAGGGACAGUAGAGGAGCACACCACAGAUGUUCAAGCUAGCCAGGCAUAAGUGUGAUCAGGUGCCUAUGCAACCCAUUCCUGCAGCACUAGGUCCCAGUUAAUAAAUUUUGCCAAGAAGCCUAACUCAUAGGCCAAGCCAAAUAAAAAAGGCUAUCCCACACAGGAAACCUGGCAGGUAGGCCCAUACAGCUCUGUUUCAUGCCAUGCAGACACAAGCUUGAGCCUGCACUAACUCAAAUACUAUAGCUGUGUUUUGCAGAAAAAAAAUAUUCUUGUUAUAAUUAAGAAUUUGGGCUAUAUCACAAGUUUCACUGCUAGCCAAAGGAAAUUCACUGUGGUGGGUAAAGUACCUUAGGUUUCUACAUGAAGUUGAUGGAGCCAGCAGCACAGGAAGUUGUGUCUGACUAUUCAGGAUUUAUGGUCUGUUACAGCUCAGCACCUAAACCAUUUUACCCCAUCCCAAUACUAUGUUUUUCCCAUGUUUUUCUUUUCAUUAUUCUCAGUCUGAACCUUUCUUGUUUCGGUUUAUGCCCGUUGUUUCCUGCCCACCCACUUAACACUACUGUGAAGAGCCUGGCUUUGUCUUCUUUGAAGACCCCCUAGUAGGUUCUGGCAGGCUGCUAUGAGGCAGGAGGUAGGUCUUGGCAGGAGGCUAUGAAGCCACCUCUUCUCCAGGCUGAACAAAUCAAGUUCCCUUAGCUCCCCCUCACAUAGCUCCAGCUCCAACCAUCUUGGGGGCCCUGAGUUGAACUUGGCUCCAAUUUUUCAAUGCCUUUCCUGUACUGGGGGGGCUCAAAAGCACACAGUGUCUAACUGUGGUCUAACAGGUGCUGGGUGGGAAGAUAAUCCCUUCCCUCAAACUCCUGGCUUUGGUUCCUCUAGCACAGUCAGGAUGCUGUUAGCCUUCUCUGCUGCCAGGGCAGACUGCUGAUGCACAGGCAGUGUGCUGUCUGCCAGGACUUCCCAGGGCCUUCACAGUAAAGCCAGUCAGCUCCAGCCUGCAUCAGUGCAAGGACUUGGUAUUCCCAGAUGAAGGAAAUGUGCACUUGUCCUUGCUGAAUUUCAUGAGAUUCCUGUUGGCCCAUUCCUCCAGCCUGCCUCUGUCCCUCUGUAUGGCAGCCCUGCCUACCAGCGUAUCCACUAUUCCCUCCAAUUUGGUGUCAUCUGCAAACCUGAUGAAAGUGGAAUUCAUCACCUCCUCCAGGUAACUGAUAAAGAUGAUAAACUGGACAGUCCCAGUAUAUAGACACCUGUAGCACUCUUUGACUCUGUGUAGAGUACAACCCAUUAACCACUCUCCUCUGAGCCCCGUCCAACCAAUUCUUACCCAUCUGGAUGGUUGUCCACCCAUCCAGACCAUAACACCCUAAUUCAGAUGAAAGAAUGUUAUUGGAGAUAGUGUCAAAAGCCUUGCUAAAGUUGAGAUAAGUGAUAUUCAUUGCUCUCGCCUCAUCCACAAAUCCAAUCAUUUUAUCAUAGAACACAAUCAGGCUGGUCAGUCAUGAUCCACCCAUGGUAGAUACAUGCUAAACAUUCCCAAUCAGCUUCUCAUCCUUCAUAUGCCCAGAAAUGUGCUCCAAGAGGACUUGCACCAUUAAGUUCCAUGGGUACAGAAGUGAUGCUGAUCAGUUUACAGUUCCCUAGAUUGUCUUUUUGGCCUUUUUGCAUUCACCUAUUUCCAGUCAUUAGGAACCUUCCAUGAUCUCCAUAACCUUUCAAAGGUGGUAGAGUGCCCUUGCAGAGACAUCAACCACUUCUCUCAACACCCUGGAUAUGCUCUGUCUGGUCCCACGGAGCUUUGCAGUUGAAUUCUCUCAAGUAAUCCCUGGCUCAACCCUCAGAUACUAUUGGUGGAUCUCUUUGAACCCUUGCCCUAAGCACAGAGGAAUGUGAUAGCUUGUUGUUAAAGAAACCACUGAAUACCUCAGCUUCACAUGUGUCUGCUGUCACUCCAUCACUUCCUCCAUUCAGCAACAGUCCCACAUUUUCCUUGCAGAGUCUUCUUCUUAUGCUUCCUAGUCUCAACUGCAUUUAAGCUUUGGAUUUCCUGAGGCUACCUCUACGUACUCAGGCAAUGUUUCUAAAUUCUUCCACUGUAGCCUGUCUCUGAUACCAUCUCCUCUAUACUGCCUUUUUGCAUUGGAGCUCCAUCACGCUCCCCACUUAGCCACACUAGUCUACUAGUAUAGCUGCUUGUAGAUGCACAGUGAACACAAGACAGCUGCCCAAGAUCUUGCUGAUUCAUAGCAGGAGUACUACAGUGUUCUUCCUGUGCUUGGGGAGCCAUGAUUUUAUGAUUUAUAUUCUCAAGAUUGUCAUCUCACUCAGGGCAAACAUUAACUCCUGUUCUCCCCAGGUCCAGAAUGCACAUAAGAUGUGGAUAACCAUGGUAAAGAUAAUGUUUUUAAAAAUGUAUCUAAUGAAAAUGUUCACAGAAUCAAUAUAUCCCAUUAAGAAUAUAUUUUCCUCAAACUUUCAAACAAUCUCACAUGGAUAUUAAGCAGAUCCACUUCUUUCACUGCCUUUAAAAUGUUCAAUCACUUUAAAAAAAAAAAAAAGGCACCUA